AUGAGGCCUAUUCUAUUAUCUGGGCACGAGCGUGCGCUCACCCAGGUUCGUUAUAACGCCGAUGGCGAUCUGAUCUUUUCCGUAUCCAAGGAUAACCAGAUCUGCGUGUGGUUCUCUCAUAACGGCGAGCGUCUGGGUACCUACAAGGGCCAUGUUGGUGCGAUCUGGACUGUCGAUGUCGAUCCCACGAGCACCAUCGCCGCAUCCGGCUCUGCCGACAACACUAUCCGCAUGUGGGAGGUCAAGACGGGAAGGUGUAUCAAGACCUGGGAGUUCCCCACCGCUGUGAAGCGCGUCGAGUUCAACGAAGAUGCCACGAAGCUCCUUGGCGUUACUGAAAAGCGAAUGGGUUUCCUUAGCAACAUCAUCGUCUUUGAUGUUACCAUGGACCCUGAGGCCGAACAAACGGAUGAGAGGGCGCUUACUAUUGUCUGCGACCGAAGCAAGGCGACUGUUGCCGGGUUCAGCUACAUGUCCAAGUAUAUCAUCGCCGGACACGAGGACGGAUCCAUCUCCCAAUACGACGGCAAGACUGGAGAGCUUAUCAUCAACUAUGCCAUUCACGAUCUUAACCAGCCCAUUACCGAUCUCCAGUGGUCCUCGGACCGAACCUACUUCAUCACCGCUUGCAAGGACAAGACUUCCAAGCUCAUCACCGCCAAGGACCUCGAGAAGGAGUUCGUCAUCCUUGGCGGUGGUCAGGCCGCUAUGGAUGUCACCACUACCGCUGCUCGCCAGGGUAAAUUCGAGGCUCGAUUCUAUCACAAGAUCUUCGAGGACGAGAUUGGCCGUGUUCGUGGUCACUUCGGUCCCUUGAACACCGUUGCUGUCGAUCCUACCGGCAAGGGCUACUGCAGUGGUGGAGAGGACGGAUACGUGCGUGUUCACCACUUCGAUAAGGGCUACUUCGACUUCCUUUACGAGGUUGAGAGGGAGCGCAUCAACAGGAACUCUUGA